AUGGGCUGCAUCGAAGUCCUCCGCUCUAUGCGCUCCCUGGACUUCAGCACUCGCACCCAGGUCACCAGGGAAGCCAUCAACCGGCUCCAUGAGGCCGUGCCUGGCAUCCGGGGCUCCUGGAAGAAGAAGGCCCCCAACAAGGCCCUGGCCUCCAUCCUGGGCAAGAGCAACCUGCGCUUCGCAGGCAUGAGCAUUGCUGUCAGCAUCUCCAUCGACGGCCUCAACCUCUCCGUUCCCGCCACGCGCCAGAUCAUCGCCAACCACCACAUGCAGUCCAUCUCCUUUGCGUCGGGCGGUGACACGGACAUGGCGGAUUAUGUGGCCUACGUGGCCAAGGACCCCAUCAACCAGAGAGCCUGCCACAUCCUGGAGUGCUGCGAGGGCCUCGCCCAGAGUGUCAUCAGCACCGUGGGCCAAGCCUUCGAGCUGCGCUUCAAACAGUACCUGCACAGCCCCCCCAGGGUCGCCGUCCCCCCGGGAAGGCUGACCGGGCCGGAGGAUUCGGCCUGGGGGGACGAGGAGGAGGCAGUACACAGCUACUACAACCGCACUCCCGGGAAGGAGCCGCCCCUGGGCGGGCUGGUGGACUCCAGGCUCACCCCCGCGCAGCAGCCCUGUGCCCUCGGGGCCCUUGGCCAGGGAGCAUCUCCUGCUCGAAGAGAGGCCCAAGGCCCGCAGUGGGACGUGGGCCCCUCAGCCCCGCCCGGGGAUGGCUACGUGCAGGCAGACGCCCGGGGCCCGCGAGACUACGAGGACCACCUGUACGUCAACACGCAGGGUCUGGACGGCCCGGAGCCCCUGCAGCCUGAGGACAGCCCCAAGAAGGACCUGUUCGACAUGAGACCCUUCGAGGAUGCCCUGAGGCUGCACGAGUGCUCCGUGGCCGCGGGUCCCCCGGCAGCCCCCCUUCCCGUGGAGGACCAGUGGCCCAGCCCGCCGACCCGCCGGGCCCCCAUCGCCCCCACGGAAGAGCAGCUGCGGCAGGAGCCCUGGUACCACGGCCAGAUGAGCCGUCGGGCGGCGGAGAAACUGCUUCGAGUGGACGGGGACUUCCUUGUGCGGGACAGCGUCACCAACCCGGGGCAGUAUGUCCUCACCGGCAUGCACGCAGGGCAGCCCAAGCACCUGCUGCUCGUGGACCCCGAAGGCGUGGUGCGGACAAAGGACGUGCUCUUCGAGAGCAUCAGCCACCUGAUCGACUACCACCUGCAGAACGGGCAGCCCAUCGUGGCCGCCGAGAACGAGCUGCACCUGCGUGGCGUCGUCAAGCGGGAACCCUGAGCCAGGUUGUGGUUCUCAGCCUGUGGCUCCUGUCCCCGCUCCCCCAGGAUGGCCCUGUCGUGGCCUUAGGGGCCCUCAGCCUUUCUC